AUGUCAGGAAGAGGCAAAGGUGGUAAGGGACUCGGGAAAGGAGGCGCUAAGCGCCACAGGAAGGUGCUGCGGGACAACAUCCAGGGCAUCACGAAGCCAGCCAUUCGCCGUCUCGCUCGCAGAGGUGGCGUGAAGCGCAUUUCUGGCCUCAUCUACGAGGAGACCCGUGGGGUGCUGAAGGUCUUUCUAGAGAAUGUGAUCCGGGACGCCGUCACUUACACCGAGCACGCCAAGAGGAAGACUGUGACCGCUAUGGAUGUGGUCUAUGCUCUCAAGCGCCAGGGCCGGCGUGGGCCAGCAGCAAGUACCAUCAAGUCAGAUCUGUGUGGAAAUAUGGCCAGGACCAAGCAGACCGCCCGCAAAUCUACAGGAGGGAAAGCUCCCCGCAAGCAGCUGGCAACGAAAGCUGCCCGGAAGAGCGCCCCAGCUACCGGCGGCGUGAAGAAACCUCACCGCUAUCGUCCUGGAACUGUUGCUCUUCGCGAGAUCCGCCGGUAUCAGAAAUCCACUGAGCUGCUGAUCCGCAAGCUGCCCUUCCAGCGUCUGGUGCGUGAGAUCGCCCAGGACUUCAAGACUGACCUGCGCUUCCAGAGCUCCGCCGUCAUGGCCCUACAAGAGGCCAGCGAGGCUUAUCUGGUGGGGCUGUUCGAGGACACCAACCUAGCCUUUGUGUUGUGUAUGUCAGGAAGAGGCAAAGGUGGUAAGGGACUCGGGAAAGGAGGCGCUAAGCGCCACAGGAAGGUGCUGCGGGACAACAUCCAGGGCAUCACGAAGCCAGCCAUUCGCCGUCUCGCUCGCAGAGGUGGCGUGAAGCGCAUUUCUGGCCUCAUCUACGAGGAGACCCGUGGGGUGCUGAAGGUCUUUCUAGAGAAUGUGAUCCGGGACGCCGUCACUUACACCGAGCACGCCAAGAGGAAGACUGUGACCGCUAUGGAUGUGGUCUAUGCUCUCAAGCGCCAGGGCCGCACUCUGUAUGGUUUUGGAGGUUAA